CACUAUUUCAUGUCGUCACAGUCUCACUGACUCAUGCUGAACCCUAGCGAUAUCUCCUUACCCAGAAAUCAGAAUCAUAUCAGAUUCCAACCCUAAUUCCCGCCAUCAACAAUUUCCCUCCUAAAAAUCUGUCAACAAAGAAGCAAAGAUAUGAAAUGUCUAAUUAUGUCUUGGGCAUCCACUGCAAUCAUCUCAAACUCAACCUCAAUAGUCCAUCCUCCCCUUUGUUUCCCCGUCUCCUCUCUACCAAAUUUCCCGUUAAAACCAUCUUUACGUUUACCCACCAUUACAUCUUCUCGAUUUUCUUCAACUCCACCAUCCAAUGAAGAACAGCAACUCCCAGAUUCCCCGGUUCAAGAACUUAGCGUGCCAGACCAUUGGCUCCUCCCUUCCAAAGCUUUAGAGGAAUCAGAGUGGCUUAGGGUUACAUUGCAUAAAUGGUUGGAUGAUGAGUACUGCCCCGAGCCAACCAAUGUGGAGAUUAGUAAGGUUGCUGCUCGCUCAUACUAUGAAUCUUUGCUAGAGAAACAAACAGAUCUAGGUGAGAUUUUGUUGAAGAUGGCUUAUGAACUGGAAUCUGUUUCCUAUCAAGAAAGCUUUCAUGGUGCAUUCUCAUCAGCAAAUGCAGCACUGAACUUGAUUGUCCAACGCAUAGAGCACGCAUAGUUGUUUAGCCAGGUUCAAUUUAUUGAAGUAACUGUCUAGAUUUAUUACUGCAUCCUGCCCCUUUUGUAGUUAAUAUUCCUUUACUUAAUGUCACGCAUGGAACAAUAUUUCCCCUGUUCAUGACCUUUGGGUAUUUUGAUCUCUGGUGUAAUAGUUCUACUUUAGAAAUCAGCCUCAGUUUCAUGUUAAUAAUAAGAUAAAAAUGAUAAGUGCAUUGACAUGGAAGAAUAA